UCUGACUCUGACUUUGGCAAUUGGAGUUCGGCGUUCGGGACAUGGGAUGUAGUCUUUUGGUCUUUAUUGAGCAUUCGAGAUGAGUAUGUAUAUGCGCACUACAGCUCUUUUAAGCCUUCUGCUCUGUGACUGAAUUAGUUUAUGUGACUUGUUGAGUUGGCAUGACUCGAUACGAAAAAACCACGCCCGGCAUGCUCUUAAGACAGAAGGCCAGCGUGCCAGGUCGCAUUGACUAUCGCAGAAGAGUCGGGACGAGCAGCAUCGUCAAACUUGCUAAGUCUCCUAUGUGUUUGAUAUGCUGUAUCUGUUGCUUCUGCUGGUGUUGGUGCUGCUGCUGCUGCAAAAGAUCCGAGAAUGCGCGUAUGGAAGCGAAAGGUCCCACAGCAGUCCUUGAUUUCAACACAACAAUGGACCUAAAGUCUAAGGAGUGUGAGUCUGCGACCUUAAGCACUUGCUGCGAAAAAGCUACACCUUCAAAAGCCGAACGAUUGCAAUAUCUGUGUGAAAGUCGAAAUGCCAUUGUGAACGCACAACUACACUUUCACUUCAGCCCAAAGCCAUGGACUCUCCAACGAGCUCGAGGAGCACUGUUGGCACCUCAACUCUAGUAAGGCGAACGGGUGAUCUCUGAACAAGGUUUUGCCACAUGUCUUUCCAGCAUGGUUUUCUGGCGGCUGUUCAGGACAAUCAUUGAGAGUGACUGUUGAGAAUUGAUUAUUGAUCCGUGCAUAAAGUCGGCAGUGCAAAAGACAUACUUCCUGAUGCUCUGGACAACGCAUCCUAGGGUCAACG